AUGCGACGUAAUCGCUACAUACUACUCGCUCCACUACUUGCUCUCUCUCACAUCAUAUCACAACUGCCGGCUCCACAUCCCUCUCCCCUCAUCUCCAAUUUCUUUAUCAGCUGCAAGCAGUGGCAGUCUCCUGCUUGCUGCAUAAAAGUGCCCACGUUAUUGACCUUAACCGGCAGAGGCACCCGGUUGGCGUACCUGCCUUGCACCCACGCCGUACCGCAGUUAGCGAUUGCCCACACGACAGCGUCCCCUCUCCCCACCUUCACUUCCACCUUCACCACCUUUACCACACAAACUCUUCUCACUCGGAGGCAUCACGCUUCCCCAUCGCUAUCCACUCUGGCUCCCCCAUCAGUCUCUGUCUCCACGGCCUCGGCCUCGGCCACGGCUGCUGUCCACCCUUACAACCGCCGUCGCUCGUCUGCCACCGCCCCCGUCGUCGCCGCCCCAGCUUCCACAAUGGCAAACACACCGCCGCCAUACGCUCGACAGGCGUCCUACAUCACUGAGACGUUAAAGGUCUCGCCGUCCGGCAUCAAGCUCACGCCCUCGCCUGAACCACUGCAUCCGUACGACUCGCCGACUGUGCAUAUCGACGACCCAGAGACCGAGGAAGUCCUGAAGGCUGCGGCGCAGCUGCUGCGCCAGUCAAAGUGCGUGGCGUUCCCGACAGAAACGGUGUAUGGUCUCGGCGCGGACGCCUGCAACACAGAGGGCGUAAAGACGUCGCUGCGACAGCUGCGGGAGCUCCUGCCACCCGCCCAGCUAUCCACGUCAUCCCCGCCGUCGCCGGCGCCCUCUCCGCCAAACACGUCUCACGGCCUCCAAAGCAAGGCCUGCCAGGAGGGCGUCAUCCCGGAGAUCUAUGAACCACUCAUUGCAAAGUUUUGGCCCGGGCCACUUACUAUACUACUUCCGCUACCGCCAAACUCGCGACUCUCACCGUCAGUCACCGCCGGGCAGCCAACGUUCGCCGCAAGACUACCAGAGCAUCCGAUAGCGCUUGCCCUCUGCUCACUAUCGGGACUCCCGCUCGCCGCGCCGUCCGCCAAUGCCUCCGGGAACCCGUCGCCGACCACUGCCGCCCACGUAUAUACUGACCUGCAGACGCGUAUCCCACUCAUCAUCGACGGAGGGUCCAGCAACGUCGGCCUCGAAUCGACUGUCGUCGACGGACUCCACAAUCCCCCUGUUGUCCUCCGCCCCGGCGGCAUCAGUGUAGAACAGAUCCGCGCAUGCGGUGGCGUCUGGAAGGACGUCAUUGUGCGCAAACCCGACACCGAAGACCACGAUGCGGCGCCACAGGCGCCGGGAAUGAAGUACAAGCACUAUUCGCCGCGUGCCGGGGUUGUGCUGUUCGAGCAUGGCGCGAAGCCGCCGUCGCAGAAGAAUAUACGGCCCAUGAAUGUCGCGGGUACAGGAUGGACAGGAAGGGUUGGGUUCUUGAGGACAAGAACAUGGCCCGAAGGUGUGGGCGCCAACGAGGACAAGAGGUGGACGGUCUUUGAGCGCUCUCUAGGGACGAACGGGAGCGACAUCUCGAGGGCGCUGUUUGCGGGGCUGAGGGAGCUGGAUGAUCUGGGGGUGGAUGUUAUCUAUGUUGAGGGUGUCGAGGAGACGGACGAGGGCCUCGCGAUCAUGAAUAGGCUGCGGAAGGCGGCGAGUGUAGUUGUUAGGCGUGUCCCGUAG